ACUCCUUGGGUGUUGACGUAGAUUUCCCAUCAAUACAAAGGUACAAUUUUAAUAAGAAGAUGAAUUACUAAUGUCAUUUUUGAGAGCUUCCGUUUGUUUCCAUAGUAACCUAUAACAAAGCAAAGCCCCUUGCCUGUAUAAAAGAACGAAAUGACGUGGCAUUAUGUGCUAGUAGUGUACUGACUUGGUUUAUAAAGUUAGACGUUAACUAAGUUGAAAAGACAAGUGUAACCUGAACAUAUGUUAUUACCUGCUAGAUCCCUAGUAUUCAUUUAAAGUUCAUUUCUGUUUAAAGAAUCGUAUGUUCAAUCAAUUAGGUGUUGCCAAAUAUUAACUUUUUGUUGAAUUUUAAAAAUUACUGCUGACUAUUUCAAAUGCUACAAUAAAAUUCAGUGACACUUUUGUGAAGAUUUAGAACAUUUUCUGAAGCCAUUCUAAGACACCUUUUCUUUUAGUGUUGUUGUUAACUACAGCACAAGCUCGACCAAAUAUGACUCUAACACAGGGGAGUACCACACGUAGAGGCAUAGUCAUAAAUAGCUGGAGUGUUCGUUGAUCCGGUGUAUAGAAUAAGGAAGUUUUAUUUAGCGAAACAUUUGACUCAACUCUCUAACCAUAAGUGUAAACAGCAAGGCGGAUAACUGCCAUGAACUUUCACCGAGCCCCAAAGAAACGUAAACGCAGUUCAGGUACAAAUUAAAAAGUUGAACGAUUUUAUCAAAUGUAAAAUGUGAUCUGUGUCUUAGAAGUGUUUUCCAGAAGUAAGAUUAGAUGUGUGUAUCUUAGCUCAGAUUUAAAGCAGGGGGACAGAAGAUCGCAGCCGUAAGGACUAGAACUCGGCACCCCCGUGACUUCUGCAGAAAACACGACCAUCCAGAUAUAGAGGCAUGAUAUUAAAUAGUGUAUUAAGCUAAUAUCAUUAAGUGUAUUUAAUUAAUAUGAGUAAGUAUAUGAUUUUAAUACGAGCAAGUAUAUAAUGUUAAUACGAGUAGGUAUAUGAUGUUAAUGUGGGCAAGUAUAUGAAGUUAAUUCUAAUAAUUGUAUAGAGCUCUAAUGAAUGUCUAACGUCUCAUCUGAACUUCUACUGCAGCUGGAGCCAAAACUUUAGUUUCUCCUCAAAUGUCAAGUUUACAAUGACUACACAACUUUGUGGACUUGGCUUUCUGUUCUGGGCAGGUUCAUGGCUUAACACCAACUACUAUGUGUCGUCAUUAGACUAUAAGAAGUUCAACAUUAGCGGCAGGAUUUACUGUCAUUCUUUGCAAACUUCUUUCACUUUUGACGACGCUGUAAACAAUUGCCUCAAAAUUGGAGCCGCUCUUGCCUUUUUUGACGACAACGCUGAAUACUUGACAGCGUUUCAGAAGAUAAUUGUCAACGCCAGCCAAGAGAAACAGACCUGGAUUACGUUCAACGCCACUGCUGUCAACUCCAAAUAUGUCUUUUAUUGGAAAAAACAAAAAUUUAACGACUCUGUGUGGGCAAGCGGUGAACCCAGUGAUCAGUGUACUAGCACUAAAACUAAGUGCUGCGCACGGAUGAGGCUAAAACCGAGAGGCUUAGCGGACAAGGACUGUUCAAAUAAGUUUGCUUACCUUUGUAAAGCGAUACCUGUAUGCCCUGCGCAUGCGCUGGGCUGCUAUUUGAGUUGCGGUGAGACUAUAACAAACCUAACUUGUUUACCAGGAUUUCAAUUCUACGCAGCUAACACAUCGUGCGUAGAUGUGAAUGAAUGUGAACAAAAUACAUCUUUAUGUCAAGGAACGUGUCAGAACACAGUGGGCUCCUACCGCUGUACGUGUAACACAGGCUACAAACUGAGUGGAAGUUACUUGUGUGUGGACAUUGAUGAAUGUAGUCUGGGAAAUCAUACGUGUCAACAAGUCUGUGUGAAUGUCAUAGGCUCAUAUCAUUGCAGCUGUAGUGUUGGUUACAUGGCCUCGGACAGCGGACAAUGCCUUGAUAUUAAUGAAUGUAGCAUUGGUGCCAAGCCAUGCCAACAGACCUGUACCAAUACGAAUGGAUCAUUUUUAUGCAGCUGCGAAACCGGAUGGACUUUGUCUUUAAAUAGACGCAACUGCACCUUGAAUGAUGAGUGUGUCUCCUCUCCUUGCCAGCAUGAGUGUGUACGUACAAAUAAGAGCUUUGUGUGUAGCUGUUAUCCAGGGUACACAUUGCAUAGCAACGGAAUAAACUGCACAGACGUCAAUGAGUGUAAAAGCAGCGUGUGCCAACACAAUUGCACCAAUACAGACGGGUCUUACAUAUGUACUUGCCUUUAUGGAUACAAUUUGCAGCCGGAUAAUACUUCUUGCUCUGACAUCGAUGAGUGUUCAAACAAUAUAUCCCUAUGCAGUGACAUUUGCAGAAACACUCCCGGCGGUUACCUCUGCGGAUGCCUUGACGGGUUCCGCGUUGUAAACCAAAACUGCUCCGACAUUGAUGAAUGUGAAAACACUUUAAAAAAUAACUGCUCACAUCAUUGCAAUAAUACACCCGGCAGCUACACGUGUUGGUGCGACGAUGGUUAUCGGUUAUCAGAAAACCUGACUACAUGCCUGGACAUAGAUGAAUGUCUGGAAUACACCUAUAGAUGCUCAGAUAUAUGCAUCAACACAAUAGGCAGCUACAGGUGUGCCUGUGGUCCAGGUUAUAUCCCUGACGCAGAUAAUAUAACCUGCCUUGACGUCGAUGAAUGUCAGAAUAUAACAUGUGGGCAUAGCUGUAUCAACACGAUUGGCUCUUUUGUCUGCAAGUGUGACGAAGGCUUCAACCUUGACAGUUUGGAUAUGUCCUCGUGCAAUGACGUUGAUGAAUGCCUAGAAGCAUCCCAGUUCUGCAACCAAACAUGCGAUGUUGCCCCAGAUUCAAACAUAUCAGCCUGCCAAGUAAAUGUACAAGAUUGUAAGCUGUGCGAUCACUUGUGUCUAAAUACCAAUGGCUCGUACUUGUGUACUUGUCAAACCGGAUAUGGACUUAACUCUACUGACAAUACAACUUGUUACGACAUAGACGAAUGCAGUCUCAACUCCAGCCUGUGUGAAUUCUAUUGCAACAACACCCCAGGCUCAUACUUCUGCUCAUGUCCUCAGGGUUACCACCUUUCAGAAAAUAAACACUCAUGCAACAAAAAGGGAGCGUACUCUCAAUGCCCUUGCCGUUGUUAUGGUCGUAAAGAAAUAACAAACGUGACGACACAACAACUUAAGGAGCAGCUUGAAACAUUAAGCAAAGACAUUCAAGUCCAGGAGGUCAAUCUACUCUCUACAAAGUUGCUACUUACAUGCCAACCCGACGACCGACCUGCGAGCAAUGUUAUUGGCUAUGUCGGGAUUGUGAUGCUUACAUUUGUGUUUGGAUCUGUAGUAGUGUUGGAUCUUAUACGUUUAUUAAGGCACAUGCUCUUUGCAAGAGGAUCACAUACAGACAGACUGUGAUAACUGUUUUUUAGUGAUUCAGUAAUGUUGUUCCUGGUCGAUACAUACAUUUUGAAACAUACAAAACGCCAAGCUACUUCAUUAAAAACCAGGGCCUUUGAGGAGCUAUCAAGUAGAGAUAAGAAACUAUUUUAGCGUCACAAAUAUGUGACAAAUAAAGAAAAACAAAGCCAGUAUAACGUAAGCACACCUUGACAAUUUAUUUCUAGACAAUUUUAAAUAUUUGAAAUGCCAAACAAGAAUAUUUAUGGUGUUGGAAAAGACGUUUGAUGUAACUAUCGUCUCAGAUACAAAGUUCUUAAUUUAAAAAAAAAUCACCCAAACAAAGACAAGAAAAUGGAACAUAUACUGACAUUACUAAUGGACAUACGCGUUAUACAGAGCAUAUAAAUGGACGUUACACGAUAUACUUAUCAUACUAAUGGACGUUACACGAUCUUUCUAUAAGGCUCUUGAGAAUAGAAGAAUAGGAAUUGGUAGCUGUCGUGAGCAUGUCAUCAAAUCGUUCCUCUAGUUCCGAACUGGAUAAUCUUAAAAUAGUUUCAAGUAACUCUUUUGUAAGCAUGCUGUUUAUUUAUUACAGUCAACGAGAGAGAUAGAGGUGGGGGGGGGGGAAGAGUGAAAAGAGUAAAAGAAACACUUUCUAUUGACCAGGGACUGACUGAGCAUUGAGCAUAGCGAUACACUGUUCAAACAAUAGGGGUAAUAGUCGACGUUAAGGCAUGACAUUGUUAUUGUUACUUCUCUUUGUAUAGUAAACUUAAAGAGCUCGCCAUUUCCACAUCUAAACAAAUACAUUAACUCGUGUUAAGUCAUGAAUUGAAAUAAAAACAUUUACAAUGGCUACGUAUUGUUAAAUAAUACUAAAAGAUUUUUAGCGAGACAAUGGUGUGGGAAGAAAUAAAGGUUUUAGUUAUGUACAUAGAAAAACCAUUUUUUCCGCUCAUUACAUUCAUUGAUGAAUUGAAUUUAUUUCAUCCAUAAUAAUUAAUAAGAUCGAAUUACAUGACGCUAUAACAAAUAGAGAGAACACUUCAAUUAAGACGUCACACAUAUAGACUGUGGAAAGAAAAAGGUAUAUACUCUACAGCAGGUUAUUUAAUGAAUGAUUGAUCUCAGCAUCAACCAAUGAAGUACAACUCCUGCCGACUUUAAAAGUGCAAGAUGAUGACAAAAUGUGUCGUGCUCACUUAGAACGUCUGAAAUUCUUCUUGGAAGUGAAUACAGAACACGCUAAAACAAGAGUUACAUCUUAGCAUUGUUUAUAACGGAUUCCUACACAUUGAAAAGUAAAAUUUAAACACAGGAGGUGAAUUUCGUUACGGUAUUUUUUUUAGAGCUUCCGUUCGUUUCCAUAGAAACCGAUCACAAAGUCUCACAUCUAUGCAAACUGUGUGUUGAUAUAAAAGCACGAAGUGGCGUGGAAAUGUCCUGACCUGGUUUAUACAAUUAGACUAUACCUAAGUGAAACUCAAAGUGUCACCUGAACAUAGGGAAUUAAUUGUUAUAUCCUUUGCAUUCCUUUGAAGUUCAUUUCAUGUCUUAUGUUGCUAUAUUCAAUUAAGUGUUGCCAUUGACAUCUUGUUUCUUCCUUGCGUUUGAUUUAUUCAAAUGCUCUCAUGAAAAUUACAUUAUAUUUAAAAUUACAUUACUUUAAGUGCUUAUUGUUACGUACAACACAUGUUUGAGGUAUAGUGCACAAAAAAUCAAAUCCAAAUAUGAGAGUGUCGGUACAUUCGAUGUAUAGAAUACGGAAAUACUGAUAAAUAAAAUGUUUGUGUAAAUAUAUAAUCGUGUAAACAAAAAAGAUUUCUGUGAUUAAGUUUUACUAAAAAAAAAAAUAAGCACUGUUUAAUCCAAAAAAAAAAUAC